AUGAGAAGUAACAACAGAAACAGUAAAAGAGCAAAGUGCACUGAUCUUGAAAUGCCAUUUCAGUACCCCCUCUAUGCAACUACCUAUAUCCUCAUAUAUCCUGGUCUUCUGGCCAACAGUGCAGCCUUGUGGAUUCUGUGCUGCUUCAUCAGCAAGAAAAAUAAAGCUAUCAUUUUCAUGAUUAACCUUUCUGUGGUUGACCUUGCUCAUGUGCUGUCCUUACCCCUCCAGAUUUACUAUUAUAUCAGCCACCACUGGCCUUUUCUGAAGGCUGUAUGCUUGCUGUGCUUCUACCUGAAGUAUCUCAACAUGUAUGCCAGUAUUUGCUUCCUGACCUCCAUCAACCUUCAGAGGUGCUUUUUUCUUCUCAAGUCCUUCAGGACCAGAGACUGGAAGCGUAGGUAUGAUUUGGGCAUCAGCGCUGCCAUCUGGGUCAUUGUGGGGACUGCCUGUUUGACACUUUCUAUUCUGAGAAGCACUGACUUAGCCAACCACACUGAAUUCUGCUUUGCUGAUUUAAAACUUAGCCACAUUAGCAUGGCUUCUUCCAUUGGUAUGGAAACUGUAGCCGAACUUGGAGGAUUUGUAUUGCCUGUUGUAAUUAUUACUUAUUGCACAUGGAAAACAAGAAAAUAUUUACAGGAAUUUCAAACUCCCCCUCAGAAUAGCGAAGAGAGAAAAAAAGCUUUGAGAAUAGUUCUGAUGUGUGCAAUUGUGUUCGUUGUAUGUUUCACCCCUUACCACCUCAACUUCCCAUUCUUUAUUAUGGUGAAGCAACAUGUCUUCUCAAACUGCUCCUUUAUUAAGAGCACACUCUAUUUUCACAUCAUUUAUCUGUGUAUUGCUAAUCUGAAUUGCUAUCUUGAUCCAGUUGUGUAUUAUUUCAUGACCUCAGAAUUUCAUGAUCAACUUUCAGAACAUAAUGGCUUGUUUUUUCAGUCGUGUGUGAAAUGUCAGGACAGUGCUUUGAAAAUUCACUAGAGGAAGAAAGAUCUUCAAACUACCUCUCUUGAAUGUUUGGAUAUUCCAAGACAAUGUAAUCAAAUAAUUAGCUAG